AAAUGUUUAAAGCAGAACGUUAAAAAAUUCUCUGUGUAGGAGCUUUGAAAAACAUGCCACAUUCGCAGUUCCAAUUGUCAAAAAUCGUUGUAUCUACAGAAGCAUUUGGCAAUUGACUUAUUCGUGGGCUUGACACAAUCAGUAGACCGGUAGCACUUGCACCCUUAGACAACAGGUCUAAAUUUGCAGUGCCUAUUCUUGGAUUUCCCUAAUGCCAGCCGCAGCCGAUGUUCUGAAUGCGAAAAUGAUCUUUCCGCUGAGCGAACCGCAGUGGUCCGCCUGGUGCUCCGCAUUCUACGAGUCUCCGCAGAAUCGUCUGGCCCAGAAUGUUUGCACCGCCCGAGAUCCCAUCAACGUGUGCCUGCGACCCGAAGCGGACUUGUGCUCCACAGUGUCCGGCGACAAAACAUGGCACGAGGUGGAUACGCAGGGAAAGGGCACCACUGGCGGUCCAGGAUGGAUUUGCACGGGUCUGGACGUGCUGCGCCAGGGAAUGGACAGAAAGUUGCCGCUUCCGGCGGACUUUGAACUCUCCGCAGCGCACUUGUUUUUCUGGCACAAGCUGGAGCGAUGCAACUACUUCUUGUGGACAACUGCUGAUCUGCUGAUGCAAUGCGAACCGCUGGAUGGGCGCUGCUUCCGGCACUUCAUGAAGAGUGCGGUUCCAGAUGGCGGCAAUUGGCAGAUGUUCGUUAACUUGGUGAAGAAGUACGGCGUGAUGCCCAAAAAGUGCUACCUGUCCAACCAGCGAACUCGACGGAUGAACAUUAUGCUGAGGAGCAAGCUCCGUGAGUAUGCCAGUAUGCUGCACGCCCAGUUCACUUUUGAUGGCGAUGGUCACAGCCUGCCGAGGCUCAUCCAAGAAAUGAUUCCGAACCUCUUCAACGUGGUGAGCAUAUGCCUGGGAGAACCUCCCGAGGUUUUCACCUGGACUUUCUACGACCACAAGAAGCGCUACCAGAGCCUGAAUAACUUGACAUCAAUGCAUUUCUACGAGGUGAUGGUGGCAUGCACCGUCGAUCUGGACGCCUUCGUUUGCCUCGGCCACGAUCCUCGACUAUCCUCUACUCCCCAGAGAAACUACCAGGUCACCCACAGCUCCAAUAUGAUGGGCGGCGAGUCGCAUAAGUACAACAGCCAAUCCAUGGAGACCAUAGUGCAGGUCAUAGUGGACUCCCUGGUCGGCAAUAAGCCCGUUUGGCUAGGCUGCGACCUGCGCAGCGUGUUUUGUUCCAAGACUGGACCUUUAAGUCUGCAAUCGCAUAGGUUUGCUUUGAUGUUUGGUUUUGAGGUAGGUGACUCUCUUAGCAAAGCAGAGAGGCUGCUCUACAAAGAAUCCCGGCGGGAUUCUGCCGUGCUGCUCACCUCUGUUGGUUUGGACUCUAAGGCACGGCCCGUAGAAUUCCGAACAAUUAGCGCUUCUGCCAAUGGCCAAAGCGAAUCCACCGGAACCCUUAAUAAAGCCGACGAAACUGAGGAAAACACAGAAAAUGAGGAGGGGAAACUCAAGAAGUCGGCAAAAAGCACGGGCAUUGCUAUGGAUGCUGACUGGCUGAGGGAGUACGGCUUCGAAAUUGUGGUCCACGAGAGAUUUGUGCCUCCUGGAGUUCUACAUGCCAGCCGAAUGCCAAAAACCACGCAGUUGCCUGCUUGGGAUCCCAUGGGAGCCUUACUUAAGUAAAAUAUAUGGAUUAAGCCUGGAACCUUAGGACUGAAGAAGCAAAGUCAACACUAGCUCUAGUUCAAGUACAAGGACUCAGCUAAAAAUGUUAUCAAAUUUGUACAUACUUAUGACUUCGACUUACAAUUUGACAACGAAAGAUAUUUCAUUUACUACUGUGUAUAAAAAAGCCGGAUUAUAUGGGACUGAUCAGCGAA